GCGCGUUGAGUGACAGCGGCGGCGCCCCCCGCGGCCCCGGUGGCGGCGCGGCCGCUCCCGCCGCGCAGUGCCCGCACCCCGGGCAGCCGCGCCGCCCGCCCGCCCCGCCCCGCUCCGCUCCGCUCCGCAGCGCUCCGCCGACAUGGGCCGCGGGGCCGCCCCGCUCCGCCGCCUGCUGCUGUCCCUGCUCAUCCUACCUGCCGCGGGGACAGCCGGACCGGGAGCCUCCUUAACGCUGGGGGAGCCGGAGACGGCAGAAGAGCUGAUGGAGUACCGCGAUCCUUGCAAAGCCGCUGCCUUUUGGGGAGAUAUCGCUUUAGAUGAAGAUGAUCUGAAGCUGUUUCAAAUAGACAGAACUGUUGACUUAACAAAGCACUCAGAUGGCAAUGCAAGACACACUUCAGGAGGCCUGGGAGAACAGUCUCUUGUGUCAAGUGAGAAUGCCACUUCAACUGAUCCUAGUAACAAAGCAGUUAAAAAGGACAGCAAGCAGAACACAACGCUUGCAAGGAUACCGAAGAGGAAGGAAUAUGAAGAUGAGUCUGGGAUGGAUACACACUCCUCUCCCAGAGUGCGCAGGGCAACCACAUCCAGGGCUGAGAGAAUCUGGCCAGGCGGGGUCAUCCCUUAUGUGAUCGGGGGAAAUUUCACUGGAACCCAAAGAGCUAUCUUUAAGCAAGCAAUGAGGCACUGGGAGAAGCACACUUGUGUGACAUUUGUGGAGAGAACUGACGAAGAGAGCUUCAUCGUGUUCACGUACAGAACAUGUGGAUGUUGCUCAUACGUGGGUCGACGAGGAGGGGGCCCUCAGGCUAUAUCCAUUGGAAAGAACUGUGACAAGUUUGGCAUUGUGGCUCAUGAACUGGGUCAUGUGGUAGGUUUCUGGCAUGAACACACACGGCCUGACAGGGACCAGCAUGUCACGAUCAUCAGAGAGAACAUACAGCAAGGUCAAGAGUACAACUUUUUAAAGAUGGAAGCUGGGGAAGUGAACUCACUAGGAGAGACCUACGACUUUGACAGCAUCAUGCACUAUGCUAGGAACACAUUCUCCAGAGGGGUUUUCCUCGACACCAUCCUCCCCCGUCGUGAUGACAAUGGGGUCCGGCCAACUAUUGGGCAGCGUAUUCGCCUGAGUCAGGGAGACAUCGCUCAGGCAAGGAAGUUGUACAAAUGCCCAGCUUGUGGAGAGACCUUGCAAGACUCAACAGGUAAUUUCUCAGCCCCUGGCUUUCCAAAUGGCUACCCCUCCUAUUCCCACUGUGUCUGGAGGAUCUCGGUGACCCCAGGGGAGAAGAUUAUGUUAAAUUUCACAUCAAUGGACUUGUUUAAAAGUCGCCUUUGCUGGUAUGAUUAUGUGGAGGUGCGAGAUGGCUACUGGAGAAAGGCUCCGUUAUUGGGUAGAUUUUGUGGUGACAAGAUUCCUGAACCAGUAAUAUCCACGGACAGCAGGCUGUGGAUCGAGUUCCGGAGCAGCAGUAACAUCCUGGGGAAAGGCUUCUUUGUGGUCUAUGAAGCUAUUUGUGGUGGAGAAAUUCACAAAGAUGCUGGACAGAUCCAAUCUCCCAAUUACCCAGAUGACUACAGACCUUCCAAAGAGUGCAUCUGGAAGAUUACAGUUUCUGAGGGUUUUCACAUUGGAAUUACAUUCCAAGCCUUUGAGAUUGAAUGGCACGAUGCAUGCUCUUAUGACUACCUGGAGAUCCGGGAUGGCCUCACUGAACACAGCCCACUGAUCGGCCACUUCUGUGGCUAUGAGAAGCCAGAAGACAUCAAAUCCAGUUCGAACAAAGUGUGGAUGAAGUUUGCAUCUGAUGCAACCAUCAAUAAAGCAGGCUUUGCAGCAAAUUUCUUUAAAGAGAUGGAUGAAUGUUCUCUGCCGGACAAUGGUGGUUGUGAGCAGCACUGUGAGAACACACUGGGCAGUUACAAAUGUACCUGUGAGCCUGGCUAUGAGUUGACAGCUGAUAAAAAGAGCUGUGAAGCUGCCUGUGGGGGCUUCAUCACCAAGCUCAAUGGGACCAUUACUAGCCCUGGAUGGCCCAAGGAAUACCCUACUAACAAAAACUGCGUCUGGCAGGUGGUAGCUCCAGCCCAGUACCGGAUCUCUCUGCAGUUCGAAGUGUUUGAUCUGGAAGGCAAUGAUGUCUGUAAAUAUGACUAUGUUGAGGUUCGUAGUGAGCUGGCUUCUGACUCCAAGCUACAUGGCAGAUUCUGUGGCUCAGAGAAGCCCGAAGUAAUCACAUCCUAUGGCAACAACAUGAGACUGGAGUUCAAAUCAGACAACACAGUCUCCAAGAAAGGCUUUAAAGUUCACUACUUCUCUGACAAGGAUGAAUGCUCCAAAGACAAUGGUGGUUGCCAGCAUGAAUGUAUCAACACCUUUGGGAGUUAUACAUGCCAGUGCAGAAAUGGCUUCAUGCUGCAUGAAAAUGGCCAUGACUGUAAAGAAGCUGGUUGUGAGCACAAGCUGAGUGGUGCGGAGGGAAUGAUGAGCAGUCCCAACUGGCCUGACAAGUACCCCAGCCGGAAAGAGUGCACCUGGGACAUCUCUGCAACACCUGGCCACCGAGUGAAAGUGACCUUCAAUGAGUUUGAGAUUGAACAGCACCAAGAAUGUGCCUAUGACCACUUAGAAAUGUAUGAUGGACCCAACAGCAAGUCACCUGUCCUUGGCCGCUUCUGUGGCAGCAAGAAACCAGACCCUGUAGUGGCUUCUACAAACAAGAUGUUCCUCAGGUUUUACUCUGAUGCUUCUGUGCAAAGGAGAGGUUUCCAGGCAAAGCAUAGCACAGAGUGUGGUGGGCUCCUAAAGGCUGAAGUACGAACUAAGGAGCUAUAUUCCCAUGCUCAGUUUGGGGACAACAACUACCCAGGUCAAGCCAACUGUGAAUGGGUGAUUGUAGCUGAAGAUGGUUAUGGGGUGGAGCUAAUAUUCCAGAUAUUCGAGAUUGAGGAGGAGGCUGACUGUGGGUACGACUACAUGGAGAUUUAUGAUGGUUACGACAGCACUGCACCCCGUCUGGGACGCUUCUGUGGCUCAGGGCCUCUGGAAGAAAUCUACUCUGCAGGGGAUUCCAUCAUGAUUCGAUUCCAUACGGAUGACACCAUCAACAAGAAAGGCUUUCAUGCCCGAUACAUAAGUACCAAAUUUCAGGAUGCAUUGCACAUGAGAAAGUAGUUUGACUGCUCCUCACAGACAUUCCCCAUAUGAAGAUUGAGACAUUUAACUGUGAUCUUUGUCCUUUUUUUUUUAAAGGUUCUGUGCACCUGGCCAAAAGCAGUGUACAGUAUUUUCUGUAACUAAAACUAAAUCCAGUCUCAAAGGUUUGCCUCUGCAAUUAAUAGCAUGACCCUUUCUUGUUAACAUACCCAGGACCAAAAAAUUGUCUUCUAAUCAUACCUGCCAGGGCAUAAACAUUGUAUUUUGCACAACUUGCCAUGAGGCUGAGUAAGACUGAACUUGAAUUGAGAAAAGCCUUCGUCUCUUGCAUAUCUUGUUUCUAGGUGAUAAUUCCCAAGCACCCACAUGAGCUGUCUGAACAUAUUUUCUGAUGCAGGUGAUGUGGACAGAUACCCAGUAGGAUUUCUUCAAAGGACUUUUUGAGCCACCCACACUCCCCUACCAACCUAAAAUACUCUGUGCAAUAAGAGAACAACCAGAUGGCUGGACAUCCAUCACUCCUUCUGUCCCUUCUAUUUAUUGUCUUGCUUAUUGUUGAGUGGAGAGCAAGGCAGGGGACAGGGACAAUUUUUUUAGAGCUGCUAGCUACUUAGAUCCCAGUAAAUGAGACAGGCCCAGUGUCUGAUUAGUGGUAAUUGUCGUGAUGUACAUUGAAUGGAGGUACUUUGAUGUAGUGCCCAAGGGAAAGGUGGUGGCUGAUAUGGAAAUGCUGUGGUGGAAUGCAAAGCAUGACUCUGUGAUGGUGGCAAAGCUUAGUAACAGGAACACUGACAGCAUGCUCCAAUUACACCACCAGGGAAAGCAGCUCAGAGAGCUGUGGCAGCAGUCCAGGCCUUAUCUUAAAUAAGGGAUCUCUCUCCUCCUCACUCCACCCAUGCCUGCUUUCUCAGCCUCCUUUUCACUGCUUCCUUUGCUUACUACCAUUUCCCUGUGAGCCCUUCCUUUUCACAGCUGAGCUGCUCUCCCCAGGGCUGCCCACCACAAUGUAGGAGUGCUCUGCAACAUCUGCUAGCUGGAGUAUGUUACUGAAGGGAAUUCUGGGGCAGAGGGAGCCUGGGUGUCCCUGAGGCAGAGGGACACAGGCCAUGCUACGGGUCAGCUCUGGUGAGCUGUGGGAACCUGUCAAACAUAUGCAACCUGCAGGCACAGGACUAGGAACAGAAGAGCUCUUCUGGUUUCUGCUUCCUUCUCGUUCGUCGCUGGUGCAUGGCCCAGUCUCUUAAUUUCAUGGCAAGGGUGCAAGUGAGAUGGUGACUUAGAGCAUUUUGGGCUAUAAGGCUCAGACCUGCUCUUGUUUGCUCAUGGAAGCUACCACAGGCUCAAAGAAUUAAAAGGUAGCUUGACACUUCUUUGGGAAAAAAGUAGGGAAAACUGUGCUUUUGGGGAACCACCGUAAUUGAACUGUUGAUAUGGAAGUUAAAAAAAAGACUUUAUUCUGAAUGUUUCAUUAAGGCACUCAUGGGCAAUUAUGAGCUAAAAGCUGAGGUGUGUUAGCUUUAAUAAAGUAUUUAUAAUCCAAGGAUUACUAUGUUUACAUAACCAAUGUGCUGUCAGGCUCCGAGAUGACACCUCCUUUCUGGUGUACCACUGUGGAGAAGUAUGGGGCCAGCGCCACUGUCAGGCACAAACGACAUUCCUGGAGAUGAGGGCAUUUUCAGAUGGAUAAUAAAUAGACCCAGCCCUCUCCAGAAAUCCUUGAACAGGAUAUGGUCCAAGUAUUGUGAAUACUAGGAGAAGCAAAUGCAUGAAAAUAUUUUCUUGCUUAGAACAAGAAAAGUAAAGUAAUUUAUACACACACAUGGAAGAUUAUAUGUAUAUAAAAUGUGCAUGUAGAAGACCAGUAGUCAAAGCCUUAAUAAGUGUAAAGUGAACAAUACUGUAGCACUGACUAUAGCUUUAUUGCAGGCUGUAUAAAAUCACGUUAUCUCUGUUUUGGUUUUGGUUUUUUGUUUGUGUUUUGGGGUUUUUUUUAGCUCUGCUUUGUUUCUUUUUUUCAAAUUUUGAGGCCUUCUUACAGGCAAGACCUCUGAUCUCAAGCUGUUUGACCAUGCAGGUCUGGGGAAGUGAGCACUGCUAGACGAGGUGUGUGUUUAUCCUUCUUUUCCUUGCUCCAGUUCAAGCAAAAUUACAGUGACUCAGGUCUGGAAAUAAAAUGCGACAUCAGUGCCUCUGAAACAGAAGCAAAGUUUCAGGUGGCAAGCAGCAGUUCAAGUUUCCUGACCCUAUAGUGGCAGCAAUGGCUCUAGGGAAAAGUGACUGUAGCAGCUGUAGACAUGUACUUUAACAUCUCUGUUCGUUGUUCUGGUAAUUUCCCAUCUACCCCAGACUGGUUUGUUUCAGAUGCUUGCAAUGUGGUUUGACAGAUGUACUAGACUCAUUAGCAUUCAUCCAGGUGUCUCUUGUGACAGUGUGCUCGCAACUGUUGUACUGUGCAUUUCAACCAAUGAUCUAUGUAGAAUAUUUCUGCUGUACUGACUGGACCUAGCAGUCAAUAAUUCUAAACGUGUGAAAUUUUCUUAAGAAAAAAAAUGUCAGACCCUCUGA